AUUUCCUCGGAGUAGAUGCGGGGGAGUUUGGCUGUGAAGUAAAUAUCACCAACUGCAAGUAGUUACUGCGUCCGCUGUGCAGCGCUCUGUCAGCCAGCAAACGCUUCACGGACAGAUGUUCCCACAAUGAUAGUUCGAGACGUAAGGCGGCUGGCCCUCUUCAUCGGCCCCGCCAUAGCCAUCCUCUACCUCUGCUGGAAGUUCUUCCUCGGCGGGCAGGCCGUCUUCUCCCCGGACGCGGGCCCGGAUCCGGCACGGAAGGGGGACUCGUCGCCGCCGGACGACCAGCAGUCCACCACCCUCUCAACCCACCACGAGAUCUUCUCCGCCUCGACCCCAAACGGCAGCUACUUCCGCAUCACCUUCGGCGCCUCCUCCUCCUCCUCCUCCUCCUCCGACGCGGCCAUCAACCCCAACAUCAUCCCGCACCCGCUCCACGACGACGCCUGGGUCGUCGUCGCCCAGCGCCGCCGUGACCCGGCCGGCCCGACCGUCUCCUCGGAGCUGGUCUGCUACGCCGCCUUCGUCUCGGACGACGAGCUGCGCUGCAGCGACCCGCCCUGGACCCUGCCCGUCGCCCCGACGACCGGCAUCGCGUGCGACGGCGACCUGGCCGUGCUGGCCAUGAACGUCGGGCCGCACGACGCGCGCGUCUUCCUCGGACCGUCGUCGUCUUCGUCAUUUAUCGUCUACGGUUCCAACUCGCAGUUCUCGUGUUUUGGGCAGUGGAUCCACGACUUUGGAAGGUCGCUGAUGGGGUGGGUUACCGCUGACGAUGGCGAUGUGCGGCCCGUCUUCGCAGAGGGCACGGAGAUGCAGCGGCCGAGCGGCGCGACGUACGGGCGGCUCGAGAAGAACUGGUUCGUCUUCUGGGACAGCUCGGGCGGCAUGUACGUGCACCACGGGGUCUCGCCGCGGCGGUCGUUCGCGCGGCUCGAGGCCGACGGGUCCGCGGGCGAGGACCUCGCGCCGCUGGCGGCCGGCAACGACGACGGCUGCUUGGCGAGGUACAUGCCGGCGGUGGAACCAGAGUCGGAGUCGAUCCACCAGGCGACCAACUCGCUGUCCGUCACCAUGUGCAGGCGGUCGGACCCGAGCUGCCUGCCUGACGCGUCAAACACGUUCCUAUUCACCGUGUUCCAGCACAAGAGCCACCGCGACCUGCGCAGCGUGUACGAGCCCUACGUCAUGGUCUUCGGGCAGGACCCGCCUUUCCAGAUCCACGCCAUCUCGCAGAAGCCCAUCUGGUUCCACGGCCGGGGCGGCGGGACUAGCACUGGCAAUGGCGAAAAGGUGCAGAGGGAGAUGUUCUACGUCGUCUCUAUGAGCUGGAAGAUGCGAAACCAGCGGUAUCACGGUUACCUCGACGAUGUCCUGUUCAUUGCUUUUGGGAUCGAGGAUAAGGAUGCGGCGGGGAUAGACGUCGUGGCGGGUGAUCUGUUGGCAGGGUUGGGUCUUUGUUCCGAUUCAUGAUACCCUGGUUUGAUGCAUUUAAAGGGGUCAUUGGAGGGAGGCGUUUUUGGGGGGAUACGGUGCUCGCUUGGAAACAUGCCGAGUGUUCCGGGUGCCACCAGGCAACCGAGAU